UAACAGGGAUGUUUGUUUAUUGUUUACUGUAAGACUAAAGAGUUAUGCAGUUUUGAUGUGCAGAAACUAGAAAGUAUAUUUUGAAUAGGGACGCAAAAGACGCUGAUCGAUAUGAACAGUUAUGGUGCUUCUAAUGAAAUUUUAGUUUUGUUAAUGACCCAUUUGAAAAAUGUUACAGGGUGAUAUUCUGUUUAUGCAUAUGAGCAAGGACCCGAUUCGUGUAGGAGAUAUUUUAUUGUUCACUGUUGAUGGACACGAAAUUCCAAUAGUUCAUAGAGCUAUAAAGGUUCAUGAGUAUCAACAUAUUGGAGAAGUUUAUGUCCUUGCAAAAGGAGACAACAAUAGCUAUGGAGAUGACAUGUUUUUGUAUACUCAAGGUCAGAUGUGGUUGAAGCGGCAUCAUAUCACAUGGAGGGCAAUCUAAAGAAAUUUACCGUUCGUCAUAAUUAUAAAGGUAGAUGUGGUUCUUCAUCUCGAUCUGUAAUCUUCUACAUGUUUCAUAUUGAUUACAUCUAUGGUAAGUCUUACAUCAUCGAUUUCACUCUCACACACGCCUCAAAACCUAGGUUUAUUGAAUCCUAUAUUCGAUUAUUAUUCAUCAUUUUGGUUCAUGUUAAUCUGAAUUCGCGUUUCAUUUUGAUCAGUGGUGCUUUGUUCGAUUUGAUCCCAGUAGAUGUUUUUUUUCAAUGAUUUUGUGUCAUAUACUGAUAUUAUUUUAUGAUGAUGAAAUUAGGUAGUGUAUUUUAAAUAUUUAGGAUUAACAAUUUGAAUAUAAUGUAGUGUAUUAAUCAUUGUGUAUUUCAAAUUUUGAAGUGUUUAUGUGUAAUAUUUCAUCUAGCGUACACAUUGUUUUAUGUCUGUUUUGAUUGAGGUGUUGUUUUUUGUUGUUUUUAGAUUGAAGUUUAUGUUUAUGGAAUUGGUAGUUGUGUGUGUGUGUUGAAUGUAGUGUGAAUUAGGUGUUUGGGUAUAUAUGUGAUUUUUGGAUGUUAAUAAAUUGAAUUUGUUUUCGUAUUUGGUGGAGUAGUUUAGAAUUAUUGGUGUAAAGUAGAACAAGAGUAACAAUUUCUGUUCAAAAAAAUUGUAGGAAUUAUUAGCGUUAAAUCGUGUUGUAUACUUUGAAUAUUUUGAUGGUAUUGGUUUAGCAGUGAGUAGGAGUUGACCUAAGGGAAGACUCUAACUGGUCGAAUGAACCUAGCUAUUCCCUAUAUAUGUUUUAUUCUAAUCUUUUUUUGUGAAUAGUUGUGUAAAAGCAAAAAACAUUUAAGUCCUUAAAUAUUUGCCCAAAAAUAUUAUAAUAUAUUACAAGCCAUGGACCAAUCCUUUUUUUAAUUCAAUUCAAUAUUCGGUAUGUUAUUAGUGGGCUUCAAAAUUCUUAUAGUUUAUAAGCAUAUGUUUUGUGUAACUAAAUGCAUUGUCUAUUAUUUGAGAUGGAAAAUUGGUGAGGUUGAAGGGUUAUAGUUUAUAAGCAUAUAUUUUGUGCAAAUAAAUGCAUUAUGUGUUAUCCGGAGUCACAAGACUAAAACGAUUUUGUUAAAAUUUUAAUUGUUUCUAAAUAAUUAGUAAUUUAGCAUCUCAAAGAUGAUCACAAUUUAUUCAUUUAUAGAUAGUCACUGAUGUACUGCAAAGUACAUAUGUUUAUAGUGUAUAUUUUGGUCAGUUUUCAGUCGUUUUGAGUCUAGUUUAGGUUAGAAUUUCGAUACUGCUGACGUUAAGCUUUGAUUUCAGGUCCCGUAGCUUAAAGUGAUGAAAAACGAGUAAAAACGAGCAGUUUAGAAGAAAACCGGGAUUCGUACGUGCGUCGGAGAAGCUGGAAAUCGAAAUUAAAUAAAAAAAUAAUAAAUCAGGACAUGGAGGCGCCGCAUGACGCCACCCCCCCUUCGCGUCACGCUAAGCCCUUGAUUUCGUGGAAAAUGCUUGGCAGCUAGGGUUUUGAAGGAGAAUUCCCAAGAAACUUAAGGGAGAACCCUAAUUUACGAAUUUAGACUUCUUUCGGGCGACUUUGGAGCAUUCUUGGCAAGCAAUCGGAGAUUUGAAGGCAUAGGAAUCAUUGGUACGAGUCGAGGGCGAAGAAUCGAAGAUUAUAUCGGGUUUUCUAAUCCCUUGUUUUGUCGGUUAUUUGUCUCGAAACUUUGUUACAAUGAAUUCUGUUCUAGAUUUCUUUAGAUUGAUGAUACGUUUUAGUAUGCUUGGCUAAUUUCAUAAACGGCCUAGACUUGAUGAAUGGAUUAAUAUAAAGUUUUCACCGGUUUUGUUAA